CCCAAUUGGGCCUCAGCAGCCAGCGUGGGCCCCUAGUGGGGACAUAGAACACAUUCCCAGACUAGAUUGCCAUGCUCGCUGUUCCUCCCAACACAUCACUUGACUUUCUGCAGCCGAAAAAAAAAAUAGCACACUGCAUGAUAGAGACUGACCCUCAAAUUCCUUUACAAUUCGGAGGGUGUCUGCCUCCUUUCAACUUCUAAUUGGUCACGUGGUUACAACAGCGGAGAGAGGAGGGUGUGCUCACAGAGAAUUUCGAACGGUAGAAAGGCAGGCAGCCCUGGCAACGACGUCGGCUAGCAUCCGAAUGGGUGACAGUAUGGGUUGCAGCGUAAGGUGGCAGUGGUGGUGGUGGUUACAGGCUCUCUCCCUCCUAUCUCUCUCCGCACUCUUCUCAACAGUCCACUGCCAGCAGUAUUUCCUCACCGAGCCGGAGGACGCCCAGGUCCUGGCAGGAGGCACCGUCCUGCUGAAGUGCAAAGUCGGCGACAAGGCCGGGAUGCUCCAGUGGGUGAAGGACGGCUUCGCGCUGGGCGAGGAGAGGAUCGGGCCGGGGUUUCCGCGCUACACCCUGACGGGUGACAGGGCGGCUAACGAGUACAACCUGCAGAUUGCAGACGCGAACCUGAGAGACGACGCGGAGUUCCAGUGCCAGGUUGGACCUCCCAGCCCCAUCGGGUCCCAUGCAGCAAGGGUCACCAUCUUAUUACCACCCGAUGACCCGACCAUUGAGGGUUACAACAGCGGGGUGGGGAUCCCCGUGACCCCGUCGGAAGGUCUCCAGCUGACCUGCCGGUGCAACAACGGCAAACCCGCAGCCUCCCUCACCUGGUACCGCAACGGGGAGGAGGUCACGGAGGGGGUCUCCUACAGCACCGAGCCCACGGGGACGGAAAAGAGAGAGAACGCCGUCAACGUGCUGCAACUGCAGCCCACAGACGACGACAACGGCGCCAGAUACGAGUGCAGGGCCAGCCAUGCGACGUUAGAUGCUACCAAGAACGUCUUUGUCACCCUCAGUGUGCAAUAUCCACCCGGAGAACCCGUCAUCACCGGGUUCGAGACCCAGCCGGUCAAGAAGGUCGGGGACCUCCUCCAGCUGACCUGCACGUCCGAGGGCGGCAACCCGCUGGCCGACCUGAUCUGGUACAAGAACGACCAGCGCAUCGACUCGUCCUACCACACCGUCGGUAACCAGGCGCUGAACGAGCUGAUCCACACCGUGGUCGCCAGCGACAACAAUGCAGAGUUCUCCUGCCAGGCUUCCAACGGGGUCACCUCCACACCGCUCAAGACCUCCAUCACACUGACAGUAAAAUUUCCACCCACGGAGGUGACCAUCUCGGGGUACGAGCAGGGCCUGAAGGCGGGGGACGCAGCGACGCUUGUCUGCACCUCGGCCAACAGCAACCCGGCAGCCGUGCUCACCUGGUGGACGGGCGGGCGCCAGCUCGGCUCGCCGCAGACCUCCGCCAGCGCCGUGACCGCGGUCCCCGAGGGCGGGUUCGUCACGCAGCAGAACCUGACCAUCGACAUCUCCGCCAACGACAACAAGGUGAUCUACACCUGUCAAGCCGUCAACGAGGACCUUCCCGGGGCAUCGGCCGUCACAACUAACAUCAGGCUGGACGUACAAUAUCCCCCGGACGAGCCGUACAUCUCCGGAUACGAGGAGGGCACGAUCGUGCGAGCGGGGCGCCUGCAGCGCAUGACCUGCAUCGCAGCUGGAGGAAACCCUGAGGCCAGCCUGGUGUGGCUGAAGAACGGACAGGUCCUGAGCGCGGACUCCAACUCCAUCACGUACUCCAUCAGCGGGAACAUCGCCUCCAGCGAGCUGUCCAUCAUCGCAGAGGCCAGCGACAACAACGCCGUGUACAGCUGCAACGCCAGCAACCCUGCCACCUCACAGCCGCUCAGCGCAACCAAGGUCCUCACUGUACAAUUUCCUCCAGAGAGGGUGACCAUCACCACCAACCCCCCAGUCCUGAAGGCUGGCGAGCAGGGCACGCUGUCCUGUACAUCCUCCAGCAGCAACCCCGCCUCCGUCGUCACGUGGUACCGGGACGGGAAGGUCCAGUCGGGGACGGUGGAGGGCAGGGUUCCGGCCGAGAACGGCGGGUUCAGCACGACCAAUGCGCUGACCAUCCAGCUGACAUCUGGCGAGGACGGCACCGUGUUCUCCUGCCGCGCAACCAACCAGCUGCUGUCGGAGAGCGUGAACGACGCCAUCACGCUCGACGUGAACUUUGCCCCAGAGUUCCCAGUCAGUGAGUCAACCCCGAUUGUAAAUGCCACAGAAGGAAAGGAUGCAGUCAUCAACUCAACUGCCUCGGCAAACCCUGCUACAGUGGACUACAGGUGGUUUAGGGAUGGUGUGGAGUUGACUGGGGUAAGACAGCGGAGGCAGGCCGACGGUUCUCGCUACAUCAUCGUUGGAGGAGCUCUCAUCAUCAAGAACGUCACCCGCAACGACAGAGGGAAUUACGUCUGCCAGGCUUCUAAUGAUCUGGGCUCCACGGACAGAACCCUCUUCCUGAAUGUACAAUACCCUGCAGAGAUUGCAGACAUCACGGACCACAGAAUCGUGGACAUCGGCGGGUCCGCGCAGUUCUUCUGCACCGGGGUGGGCAACCCCACACCCACCAACUUCGUCACCUGGGCGCGGGAGGGGGCCAACGCGUCCCGGCUCAUCCGAUCGUACAGCGACCUCACCGCCACCCUCAGCAUCAACGACAUCACGAAGGACGACAAGGGCGACUACAAGUGUGUGGCCAACAACGGCAUCCCUCCCGCCGCUGUGCAGACCUCACGGCUGCUCGUCAGAUUUGCUCCCGAGCUGGACAAGUCCCCCCUCCUGUCCAGAGUGGCAGCUGGGGAGGGUGACACGGCUAACCUGGUCUGCAAGGCUGAGGGCUUUCCUGACGUGCAGUUCUCAUGGUUCAAGGGCAGCGAGUUGUUGAACACCAGCGGGAACCGGCUGCAGAGCACGGUGCGCAUGAAGAGCUGGUACCAGCGGGAGGGCAUCCUCAUCAUCCACAACGUGUCGGCCAGCCAGGACUACAGCACCUACCGCUGCCAGGUCACCAACAGCCUGGGAACAGACACCUUCAACGUCAGGCUGGACGGAAGAAGUAAACCAGACAUGCCCACCUCAGUCACCCUGGUGAAGAAGGAAGACACGUCUGUCACACUGUCCUGGACUCCCGGGUUUGACGGCGGCGUGCAGCAAUCCUUCCAGAUCCGCUACAACAAGCAAGGAAGACAGGGCUUUGUGUAUGUUGAUGUCACACCUCCCAACGCCACAACCUACACAGUGACGGGGCUGGACCCUAACACUGCGUAUGAAUUUGCCGUCACUUCCAUCAACAGUCUUGGUGAAAGCGACUAUCUCCCUCUCGAUGAUCCUGUACUCACAAGUGAAUCAUCGGGGAUCGCCGGCCCAGCAGCAGGCGGAAUCUCAAGAGAAGUGAUCAUCGGCGUGGCGGUUGCCGGGGCCCUCUGCCUCCUGCUCAACAUCAUCCUCAUCGUGUUUCUGGUCCGCUGGUGGAGGAGGAGGAGGAAAGCCAGGAGAGAGGCCGCCAAGAAAGACGAGGAUGCUGCCACAUUAGAGACAGUAGACUUGCCCAACGGUGUCUUACACCUCAAUGACUUGUCCCCUGACAACUAUGGUGACAUCAUCAAAAACCACAGCCCGAAACGACCCCUCGACCCCUACGAGGACGAGCACGGCGAGCCGUACAGCGACUUUGACCUUCAGGAGGCGCUGGACAAGGGCAACUACUACCAUCCAGACCCGACACUCUACCGCCAGGAUGAGCCGUACAACUACGAGAGAUACCGGGAUGACGGGCAGCCUGGCGUGCACUGGGACCCCUUCGGCAAGCCCCCUCCUCAGCGGAGUUCCCCAGCCCUUGGACCCAUCUAUCCAGACAGCGCUUAUGCCAGUAACUACAGCGACUACCCCCCAGAGCAGGACUACCCCCCGAGACCCACCUACCCCCCCACCUUUGAUGACAUUAACCCGGGAGCCAUUGAGCAGGACGCUAGGGUGGGUAUACCCUUGCUAUCAGCUGAGGCCACCCCACGGCUAGUGGAUGACGAUGGGACCAUCAACACCUACGGACUGGACUACGGUGGCGGCGCACCCUCCAGCAGAGGCUCGCACACAUCCAGGGGCUCCUACGACAAAAACCCGUACGGCAGCCAAGCACCCAACAACAGGAACUACGACCAUUACGACCAGCGGGGGCACCUUGUAUAGAGACGUGUGUAAAAAAGAAGAAGACGUCUCGUUUAAUAGUAGUCUUGCUUUGUCCCCGAUAAAGGUGGAAACUUCACCACCCAAGUGCCAAGUUUGGUUAGGGAAAACUCAAGGAUCUUUAGGCAUUCUGUGGAAAGGGGUGGAAGGCAUACUAGUACCAAGGACAAGGACACUUCUCAACAGAACCAAUUGUGGCCAAAAUAAGGGUUUAGGCAAAUUGUGUUACAGGAUGGCAACGAGGAGCAAAUUGCAACCACUUUUGCCAUUUUAGAUCAUAACUGGGCACAAAAUUACCUUAAAACUGUACAAUUUGUGCAGACUGCCAAGCCAUAGGAAAAAUUCUACCUGUCCAGAGAUGAAAACAAACUGUUUCUGUACAGCGUCUGUUCAAGUUUAGUUUUCCAGUAUCCUGUUGGUUUUACGAACUUGCAAUAUUACCACACAAAAGGCAGUUUUCACCCUUAAGAACAACUCUGUACAGAAAGGUUAAGAGAUUACAUUAUGUGACCAACUUCUGAUAACCUGGAUCAUCUUUGUGAAAACUUCUUACAGAACGUGUUACAGAGAUUACCGUAAGGAGAUCUAGAGGGGCUCCUAACCAGUGUCAUCUGCAAUAGCACAUAUCGGUUGCUGUCGUCUUGCUAGAAAUAUUUGCAGUAUGUCUUUGUCAGUGACAGUUUGACUUUCUGCAAAGUGAUAAAGUUGUAGGGGUAGCAGCACUGACUAUUAUUAAGCAAAUGUAAAGAAAGUAUUAUAAGAAAGUUUUGUUUUAAAAUGUUUGUUACAAUAGUCGACAAUGAGACAAAAUGCAGAUACUUGAAAACCAGUGUUACUCGCAGUACACUUUCUUACCCACUUACUUUACCAAAUAUACCAAGGGUUUUAAAAAGCCAGAAGAAUGAAACUUUAUGUACAGCAAUUGUAAAUAAUAUCUUUUUUCAAACUUUGGUGCUUGAAUUUCUUAUAUGAUUAGUAAUAUCCAUGCAUGUAGUCAAGCUCUUUGCAUGAGAUGCUUUAUUGCUUGCUUUCAUGUCUCUGUUUCUUUGAUGCCAAAGAGCUUCCUUUUAUUCAAAGAGCAGCUGUUUAAUAGAAUAUUAGAUGCGAUUGCUUUGUAAGUACUGUUUAAUACAUACUUUAUUAUUAGAGAUAAGUUUUCAGGAAAAUUAUCCCUCUUUUCUAGCCAAAGAAACUAAUGAGAUUUACGUUCAGCGCUUUAUUAGAUCAGAGUUGCUGUUUUGUAGAUUGUAUGAUGAUAUUAACAACAAUGUUUAAUCGCUGUGACAAAUCAUGUAAAUAUAUUGUUAUCAAUUUUUUUUGUAAUUAUGUAAUUAUUUCCAAAUUGUUCUUGUGGAAUUUUGUGUCCUUUCGUACGAGAUGUAAAGCUGCAAUUUCAGUGAACGUGAGAGUGACAGUACUGUAAUGUGGGAAACCCUGAAACUGUGGUGCAUGGUUUGUUUGAAACAGGGUCAAUCUGAGCCUGGGUACCAUCCUCUUUUCUAGAACAAACUAAACAACGAGAAUGGUAUCCAAGUUAUAGUUCAGUUUAGCAGCCAGAAGAAGAAUUCCUUUUUGAUGUUCUAUCACAAUGAUACUACAUCUGGUAAGGUUUUAAAAUUCAGACCGUGUACUUUUAAUAUGCCAAGGACAAAAGUUUCUUUCCAUUUUCCUGUACAAAUCAUGCACUGCAGCUUCAACACAUUUGUGGCAACUAAAAGGUUGAUGUACACUGGUGCCCAAGGUUAUGGUGUCAAAAAAAUAUUGCAUAGGAAAACGUGGUAUUCUUCCUGAUAUUCAGGGCCAACAAGCACAUAAACUUACAUGUAUGUAGUUGUUACUGGUGCACCGUUGAAACACUAGAAUUGCAGUAUUUUUCUUCUCGCAGUUCGAACAAAUUCACAGCAGUAUUCACAAAAGCAAUCUUGUUUUUGUCACAAAAGCAAUCAAGCACCAAGACUCUUCUAGGAGAUGUUUAAACUGUGGAGUACCAGACUUUUUUUAAUGUGCUGUUCAGAUACUGUUCAGUGUGUGGACCAAGCUAAGUUCUGCCUGGCAUUAAAGAUGAGAUCCUUAGUUUAACACCACAAUACAUAACGUGAUAUGUCCUCACUAGUCAGGUGUAUAGCAAGUUUUAGUCUUUGGAUUUUUCUGUUACCUUUUAACACCAGCAAAUUUUGUACAGUACUUAGCACCGGUUAGUACUUUGUGCCUUUUUUUUUCAGUGAGACAACAUCAGACCAUGUUUCUGUAGUAACUGCCCAUAUGGUCUAGAUCUGAAACACACGCACAUCCAAAUGACAGCAUUGUCAUGGAAAUGCUUCAAAUUAUGCAUAAGUAAUGUUAUAUCUCUACAUAGGAAAAGCCUGUGGGUUUUCAGGAAUGAUUCCUUGCCAAUCUGCUUCAUCAAGUGCUGGUAUGCUUGUUCUCCCAUCAUGCAUUGUGUAGCCAUAGCAUCCGUUGCCACGGUGAUGGAAACGCCCAUUCUGUAGGUUCCAUUUUGAUGAUCUCUUCAUGACCUUGUAACCCAAGAAAAGCAAUCAGAAGUCUCGAAAAGUUACUGUGUUGAACUUCCUAGGAAAAUCUCUUAAUGUCACGAUUUAUGUAUGUAUAUAUAACACAGACAUGACUCGACUGUGAAGACUAGUGAAACUGUUAGUCAAGUUUUUUGUAUGGUACACCAAGCACCAUCAAGUGUCUGUGCAAUAUUGCCAUAAAUGAGAGAAAACAACACUGCAGACGAUGCAGUAAGUGUGAAUGUUUAUAUUUGUACUAUAGCAAGUUUAGUUGUAGGUUCUGUUGGUUACAACAUCUCAUUCCUUUUCUUGUUGUAAGUAGCUUUGUACUUUUUUAUACAGCCAUUUGCAGCCUAUUUUUGUACUGCUGAAAAAUUUACCAGUAAUAUAUUUAUGACCAGUGUGUCACGUAUCUACCGUUUUAUUCAGUUUGUUUAGAGAAAUGUAGAAAUAAAAGUUGUGUGGUCACA